AUGAUCGUGUUUGUGAUCGCAGUGGUCGUCGUCGUCAUUGUGGUCAUCGUCAUGCUCUGCCAGCGUCAUCGUCGCAAGAAGUACAGCGGCGGUGUCGUCCACACCACAACAGUGUUGCAGCCAGGCAUGACCGUCAUGCAGCCGCAGCCAGUGAUGAUGACAACGAUGCAUCCACAACCAAAUGUCACCUAUGAGAUGUAUCCACCGCAGCAGCCUCAACCACAGCCAGGCUAUCCCUAUCAGCCAGCACAACAUCCACCAGCUGGCUACUACGCACAGCCACCUCCAGGUGCAGCCUAUCCACCACAACAGACACAAGAGCAAUACUACGCACAGCCACCUCCAGGUGCAGCCUAUCCCACAUAG